AGAUUUAGUCUAUGAACGGGGUAACAGUUGAAUUGAUCACUGUCGAAACGAGAAUCUCAAAGGCCCCGCCUUUAAAAUCUGUUAAUAUAAUUUAGUCGGACUUUUCGCUAUGAUGCUUUUAUAAGAUACUUAUUAGAUCAACGAGACAGCAGUGUCGCAACGAUGGAAACGAGUAAAGUUAUUUGUUUCUUCGCGGUACUGUCGCAGGCUGCGGCUCUACUGACGUCGCCGCCUCGCAUCGUCAAGCAGCCGACAGCGGAGGAGCUGCUGUUCCAGGUGGCGCAGGCCGGGGAGGUGGACAAGCCCUUCAUCAUCGAGUGCGAGGCGGAGGGCGAGCCGGCGCCCAGGUACAGGUGGAUCAAGAACGGCAAGCCUUUCGAGUACACGAGCUACGACAAUCGAAUCUCUCAGCAGCCCGGAAGAGGAACGUUGGUCGUCAGCAAACCGAGGGACGAAGACCUCGGCCAGUACCAGUGUUUCGCUGACAACGAAUGGGGAACGGCGACAUCCAACUCGGUGUACGUGAGGAAAGCCGAGCUCAACUCUUUCAAAGAAACCGAUGGCCCUCAACAGAUCAUCACCGCGCAGGAAGGGCUUCCCUUCAAUCUCACAUGCGAACCUCCCGAUGGUCAUCCCAGUCCGAACGUAUACUGGAUGUUGCAGGGCGAACAAGGGCAGCUAAAGACGAUAAAUAACUCGCGUAUGACACUAGAUCCUGAGGGUAACCUCUGGUUCUCAAACGUAACAAGAUUUGACGCGAGCGAAGACUACGCUUACACGUGUGCAGCGAAAUCAGUGUUCAGGAACGAAUAUAAGUUAGGGAACAAGGUGUACUUGCAAGUUCAGCAGACUGGAAUCUCACCGACGUUAAACAAGCACCCACCCGUAAGGCAGUACACCACGAGGAGGGUAGAAAAAGCGUGGCGAGGCAAGAAGGUGGAGUUAUACUGCAUUUAUGGCGGAACGCCGUUGCCUCAAGUCGUGUGGAAGAAAGACGGACGGGCGAUGAUGUCAUCUCAGCGUAUCACUCAAGACAACUACGGUAAGACGCUGGUUAUCAAGCGCGCGGGCUACGAAGACCAGGGAACUUAUACUUGUGAAGUCAGCAACGGCGUGGGAACGGCUCAGACGUACUCCAUCCAGCUCAAUGUUGAGGCCGCACCAUUCUUCAUCGAGGAGCCCCAGUUCCAAAACCUGGCGGAAGGCGAGACUGCAGUGAUCAACUGCCGCGCGGGCGGUACUCCAGACCCUCAGAUAUCGUGGGUUCACAACGGCAAGCCCAUAGAACAAGCGGAGCCUAACCCGCGACGUCAAGUCACAUCGAACUCGAUUAUCAUAACGGACCUAGUCAAGAAGGACACCGGCAACUACGGCUGUAACGCGACCAAUUCGAAUGGAUACGUGUAUAAGGAUGUCUACAUUAAUGUACAAUCUAUCCCACCGGAAAUCAAGGAGGGUCCAGAGAAUCUCACCAAAGUAGAUGGAUCUGAAGCAGUUCUCAAGUGUCGCGUCUUUGGAGCGCCCAAGCCAAUCGUCAAGUGGAUGAGGGACGAUGUGGACGUCACUGGUGGCAAAUACAACAUAACGUCGGAAGGCGAUCUCGUCAUCAGAGACGUGUCGUACACCGACGUCGGCACCUACCAGUGCUACGCUAAGAACAAGUUUGGAGAGAAAUCUGCUUUUGGGUCGCUUGUUGUUAAAAAACGUACAGUGAUCACGGACAAGCCGGACAACUACGAGGUGGCCGCGGGCUCGCCGGCCACGUUCCGCUGCAACGCGCACGCCGACGACUCGCUGCGGCUGGAGAUCGUGUGGCUCAGCGACGGCCAGCCCAUCGACCUGGAGAACCAGCCGCGCUUCCGCAUGACCAACGACUACUCGCUGCUCAUCUCCGACACCACGGAGCUGGACUCCGGCGAGUACACGUGCAUCGCGCGCACGCCCAUCGACGAGGCGCGCGCGCAGGCCACGCUCACCGUCCAGGACAAACCCAACCCACCGGCGCUGGACGGCAUAGAAUGCCACGAGAAGUUAGCGAAGCUCAAAUGGCACUCCAUGGGCGACAACCGUGCGCCCAUACUUCGCUUCUCCAUACAGUACAACACCAGCUUCACACCCGAUACGUGGGACGUGGCCAGCGAUAGCGUCCCGGCUAUCGACACAUCGUGGGUAGUGGAGCUCAGUCCGUGGGCUAACUAUACGUUCCGAGUGGUGGCCUGGAACAAGAUCGGGCCCUCGGCGCCCUCCGCGCACUCGGACGUUUGUUCCACGCGCCCCGACGUGCCCUACAAGAACCCCGACCGCGUCGAGGGCGAGGGCACCAGCCCUAACAACAUGGUCAUCUCCUGGUCGAAAAUGCCACAAAUCGAACACAACGGCCCUGGUUUCUACUACUUGGUGUCGUGGAGACGUAACAUCACAGGCCAGACCUGGACUGAGGAACAAGUUAGGGAUUGGCAGCAGACUGAACUUGUAGUGCCUAAUACACCAACCUUCCAACCAUACAAGAUCAAAGUUAUUGCAGUCAAUUCCAAAGGAACUUCUAACGUCGCGCCAGUUGAGGUUAUUGGUUGGUCCGGUGAAGAUGUCCCUACACAAGCGCCCAUGAACUUUACCCUCGUACAAGUAACAACAGGCACCACUGCUCUGUUGAGUUGGAACCCUGUAGCUCCUGAAACUGUCCGAGGUCACUUCAAAGGAUACAAAAUCCAAACAUGGACCGACGGAGAAGAAGACCGACCGAAAGAAAUCUUUGUUAAAGCUGACGCGUCUAGUGCUUUAGUUUCUAAAUUUAAGCCUUUUAAGAAAAACAAUGCCAGAAUCCUCGUUUAUAACGGAAGAUUCAACGGACCCCCAAGUGAAACUCUUAGCUUCGUGACGCCGGAAGGUAAGCCUGGAACAGUCAGGUCAUUUGAAGUCCACCCAAUCGGAUCCUCAGCUAUGCUCCUCAAAUGGGACAAACCCUUAGACGAAAACGGAAUUCUAACCGGCUACAAGAUCUACUACCAGAAAGUCACGGGAACAUCGCUGGGACCUCUGCAAGAAAGGAAAAAGGAGAUCGACCCCAAGUUCGACCGCGCAAAGUUGGCUGGAUUAGAACCAAACACAAAGUACAGAAUCGAAAUCCGUGCAAAGACCAAGGCCGGAGAAGGCGAUAGGUACUAUGUGGAACAAACCACCAAAGCGAUGGUCAAUGCGGUCCCAGAUAUACCAGUGUUCGAAACCAGUACGCUACCAGCUAAGGAAGGAACAGCUCAUAUCCUAGUCAGAUGGAUACCCUCACUGGACGGUCACGCUGGAUCUCACUUUGUCGCUUGGUACAGACUCAAAGGUCACCCAGACUGGUUACAGAGCAAUGAGAUUACCGAGGACGAUUAUGUAAUCUUAACGGGUCUGGAGCCAGGACAGGAGUAUGAAGUUAAGGUCACCGCCCAUGACGGAGAAUACUUCAGCACCAGUGAAAUUAAAGUUGUCGACACUAAUAUUGGUAAGUACCCGCGCGUGCGGCCGCGCGAAGAGGCGACGGCGACGGCGGGCUGGUUCAUCGGGGUGAUGGUGGCGCUCGCCUUCCUGCUGCUGGUGCUGGUGCUGGUGUGCGUGGCGCGCCGCAACCGCGGCGGCAAGUACGACGUGCACGACCGCGAGCUGGCGCACGGCCGCGCCGACUGCCCCGACGCCGCCUUCCACGAGUACACGCACCCACUUGAUAACAAAUCACGGCAUUCGAUGAGCAGCGGGACCAAACCUGGACCCGAGAGCGAUACGGACUCCAUGGCUGAAUAUGGCGAAGGAGAAACAGGUCGCUUCACGGAGGACGGCUCGUUCAUCGGCCAGUACGUGCCGGGCGCGCGCGUUCUGCCGCCGCCCGCCGCGCAGCCGCCCACCUACGUGUAGUCACCACCACCGCCGUCACCACCACUACCACCACCACCGUCACCACCGCCACCACCGGGGCGCGCCGGACCGGCUGCCGCGCUUGGGUAGAAGGCAGGGAGGAAAG